UACGUAAGCGAUAGGGGAAUAAUGUGUUAAAAAACAUACACGUUUUCGUCGGCUUUGUCGUCGUCAUCAUCAUCGUCAUCAUCAUCAUCAUCAUCAUCAUCAUCAUCAUCAUCAUCGUCGUCGCCGUUGUCGUUGUCGAGGAGAUAUGUCGGUUAGAAACUCGAUAUAGAUAGAAUUAAACUCGGACGAUCUUGGAAAGAAGGAAUUCGUCAUCGUUCCGCGAGCGCAAAGUACGAAGUCACCCCAAUGCCUUUCAUUGCGCGUUGCACCGUCGUGCGUCGUCGCGUCGUCUUUUAAUAGUUUCUCAGAGAACACAGGCAUAUACUCCCUGUGACCGGUUUUACCGUCGCGUAUCGAGAUACACACUCUUGUUUAAAGUAUAGAAGAAGACGCGCCCUCAUUCGACCUUGAAAUUCUAACUAAUCGGCACGUAGCGUUCGAUGUACGAAACAUACUCGAUCCUCAGGAUAUCCUCUUCCUUUAUAAACUACCACAACCUAUCGCUCAUUUUUCAUUUUCAUUCCAAGUAUCCUUAACGAGGAACGAGCUUUUGUGAAAUGGCGAAAAAGACGUACGACCUGUUGUUCAAAUUACUUCUCAUCGGUGAUUCCGGAGUCGGCAAGACUUGUAUACUAUUCAGAUUUUCCGACGAUGCUUUUUCUACGACCUUCAUAUCUACCAUUGGUAUUGAUUUCAAAAUCAAGACUGUCGAGUUGAGAGGGAAAAAAAUUAAAUUACAGAUAUGGGAUACUGCUGGUCAAGAAAGAUUUCAUACUAUCACUACAUCCUACUACAGAGGUGCCAUGGGUAUAAUGCUUGUUUAUGACAUUACAAAUGAAAAAACAUUUGAAAAUAUAGUUAAGUGGUUAAGAAAUAUCGAUGAGCAUGCGAAUGAAGAUGUAGAAAAAAUGAUACUUGGUAACAAAAGUGAUAUGGAUGAUAAGCGUGUUGUUAGUACAGAGAAAGGCGAAGCAAUAGCGAGAGAGCAUGGUAUCAGAUUUAUGGAAACAUCAGCGAAAGCUGACAUUAAUAUUGAUCGUGCAUUCAGUGAAUUAGCGGAAGCUAUUUUGGAGAAAAUUCAGGGAAAAGAACCGCAGGAUGCUCCGGAUAGAGUAACAGUCGAUAGAAGGGUGGAAAGAAAUUCCAAUCGGUGCUGCUAAUUUUAUAUUAUUUAUUUAAUGGCGCAUAAUAAACUAUCUAUAUCUAUGUAUAUAUAUAUAUAUAUCUAUAUAUUUAUAUAAAUAUAAAUAUAUAUAUAUAUAUAAACGCGUGCCACUUUAAAUAGAUUUGUGGAUAGAUAUAGAAUAUAAUUUAAAUCGUAAUAGCAUAAUUAAACUCUUUGUGACACUGCCUGAUCAAAACUGAUUCAGUUAAUUGGAUGUCAAUUGUGGUAAUAACAUUGAGUACAAUUUAAUGAAGGGUUGUCAACAAAUUAUCCAACUUUAUUUUUCAACGUCAAAUUCUUUCAUUAUAUCCACAGGCUUCAGAGGAUGGACUGUAAAUGCUAUUUUAUGCAUACGUAAAUAUAUUUAUAAGUGUGUGUUUAAUGCACGUAUACAGACUGAAGCUCCAUUAAUAAAAAAAGCUAAUAUAGAGUAUCAAUAAUUGUUAGCUUUAUUGAUAAGGCUUCAUUUUUUCAUACGAAAAUAAGCAUUAGUAAUCGAACAAAGUUAGCUAUGUCAUAUUGUUUAUUAUAAAGCUGCAAUUUGUUACCAUGAGAA